AUAUCUCGCUGUGAUGUUUACACUUUGUUACAGUUCUUUGUCUCAGCCAGCAUAACAAGUCAGGAUGUCUGGGACAUAGAGAAAUACAUAUUUUUUUGUUUUUCUUUAUGUGUAAAGAAACCUAUUUUUAUCAUAACAUUUUUGGACCAAGAAUUUUCGGAACAACAUUUUCUUCAACUUUUAUUUUUAUUUUUCCACGACUCCAAAUAGCCGAGGCGGCUCACACGGAACAUUUUGGAUAAGGUAUCUGGUCAGUCUAUAGGGCAGCAGCCAUGGUGUUGAUCCUGGGCAGACGGCUUAACAGGGAGGACUCUGGGACCAGGGACUCCCCUGCCGUCAAACGAAAGGUGUUCGAAGUGGACUCCAAAACCCUGACCGGUAAUGAAGUUCUGGAGUUCUCCUCCGGCUCCUCCCACUCGGAAGCCAUCUUGCAGGUGUUCAACGAGUUCCGCGACAGCCGCCUCUUCACCGACGUGGUCAUCAGCGUGCAGGGCCGCGAGUUCCCCUGCCACCGUGCUGUGCUCUCUGCCUGCUCCUCCUACUUCCGUGCCAUGUUCUGCAAUGACCACCGCGAGUCGCGUGAGAUGCUGGUGGAGAUCAACGGCAUCCUGGCCGAGGCCAUGGACUCCUUCCUCAGCUACGUCUACACGGGCCGCGCCAAGAUCACCACCGACAACGUGCAGUUCCUCUUCGAGACCUCCAGCCUCUUCCAGAUCUCCACGCUCCGCGACGCCUGUGCCAAGUUCCUCGAAGACCAGCUUGACCCUUGCAAUUGCUUGGGCAUCCAACGCUUCGCCGACGCCCACGCUCUGAAACAGCUGGCCAGCCGCUGCCGCUCGUACGCCCUGGCCAACUUCCCUGACGUGGCCCAACACGAGGAGUUCCUGGACCUGAGGAGAGACGAGCUGGAGGAGUACAUCUGCAGUGACGAACUGGCCAUCGGGAAGGAGGAGGUGGUGUUUGAGGCGGUGAUGCGCUGGGUGUACCACAGUGUGGAGCCCCGGAGGCCCGUGCUUAAGGACCUGCUGCACCACGUCCGCCUGCCCCUGCUGCACCCCAACUACUUUGUCCAGACAGUGGAAGGAGACCAGAUCAUCCAGACGGCGCCAGAGUGCUACCAGCUCCUCCACGAGGCCCGGCGGUACCACGUACUGGGCAACGAGAUGAUGUCCCCCAGGACCCGUCCACGCAGGUCGACUGGCUACUCAGAGGUGAUUGUGGUGGUGGGGGGCUGUGAGAGGGUGGGAGGGUUCAACCUGCCCUACACAGAGUGUUACGACCCUGUGACAGGAGAGUGGAAGGCCCUGGCCAAGCUCCCAGAGUUCACCAAGUCAGAGUACGCCGUCUGUGCCCUGCGUAACGACAUCCUGGUCUCAGGGGGUCGUAUCAAUGGCAGAGACGUGUGGAUGUACAACUCACAGCUCAACCUGUGGAUCAGAGUGGCUUCACUCAACAAGGGACGCUGGAGACACAAGAUGGGCGUCCUACUGGGGAAGGUCUAUGCAGUGGGAGGUUAUGACGGCCAGAGUCGACUGAGCAGUGUGGAGUGCUAUGACUCCUUCUCUAACCGCUGGACAGAGGUGGCUCCCAUGAAGGAGGCAGUCAGUUCCCCGGCCGUGUCCAGCUGUGCUGGGAAACUCUUUGUCAUCGGCGGAGGGCCGGACGACAACACUUGCUCUGACAAGGUCCAGUGCUACGACCCAGAGGAAGACACCUGGGCACUAAGGGCAAGCAUCCCCAUGGCGAAGCGCUGCAUCACGGCGGUCUCCCUGAACAACUUGAUCUAUGUGUCAGGAGGUCUCACCAAGUCCAUCUUCUGCUACGACCCUGCGGAGGACUACUGGAUGCACGUGGUGCACACCUUCAGCAAACAGGAGAGCUGUGGCAUGUCUGUGUGUAAUGGGAAGAUCUUCAUCCUGGGUGGGCGGGGUGAGAACGGCGAGGCCUCUGACAACAUCCUGUGUUACGACCCGGCAACAGGCAUCAUCACCGGGGUGGCCGCCAUGCCUCGCCCCAUCUCCUACCACGGCUGUGUCACCAUCCACCGUUACAACGAGAAGUUCCUCCACCGGCCCUGACCCCACACACACAGAAACACACAGGCGUGUACAUAAUCACGCUUUCAGAUACCCUGAAAAAAAUAUGUAUUGAGACACACUCUCUUUAAAAAUGCUGCAAGCAGACAUGCACGCAUAAUCACCCCACUCACACACACACAUUCUUUAUUCAUCUCAAGAAGCAACUUGUUUAGAAAUUCAGACCACCUACAGCCCCAGUUUCUGAUUAAAUUAUUCACUCAUUGGCCUAUGUAGUAACUCUCUCUGUGGUUGGUAUCAUGGAAUUCCUGCUAUGCUACUGCAGAUCCAUCUCUGUCUGUUGUGGUUUUCUGGAGAACCAAAUCACAGACCGUCUGUUAGGCCUCCAGACGCCACUACAGUAUGUAAGCAUCAGUGUGUGGGCAUUCCUGGACCAGUAGCAGCUCCUCAGCUGCUCUUCCUAAGAACCAGAGAUUCGGGUCUUUGAUUGUAAACAAAGUGUUGCUUUUCGAGAUGAUGUAUGUUGUCAGGUGCUGACAGGGAAUAGUGAUAGUAAUCAAGAACAAAGCACCGAUUCAGACUUGAGAGAAAUGCAUUGGAACCUGGCUCUGAUUGACCUGCGGGUGGUACGGGAAGGGUUUUAAAAGGCAAAAAGUUAUAAUCAUCACUCCAUUGGCUGUAUUCCAACUGUCUUAAAAUGGCCUUAAAAUCACUUGAUAGUAUCAUGGAAACUUGUAACAGUACAUGCAUCAUGGAAUGUAUGGGAGUCCUUUUACUUGGAAGCCCAGAGGGUAAGGAUGGAAGCUAGAGGUUAAGAAUGUGGUCGAACUGAGUUUCAUGACUUCAAUUUGAUUUGCAGUUAAGCAGUGAUUGUUCGGUAUAAUUAUACAGUACCAGUCAACAGUUUGGACACACCUGCUCAUUCAAGAGUUGUUCUUUAUUUUGACUAUUUUCUACAUUGUAGAAUAAUAGUGAAGACAUCAAAAC